AUGGUUUCACAAUCGAGCAGAACCACGCCGAACGAACUUCUCGAACCACAACCGUCUCAACAACCACGAAAAAAGUCGAAAAAGGCAUCGAACUGGGUAGCACAGGCGCGCUCUCGUGCUACUGGUACCCUUCGGCGUACUCUAUUUGGACAGAAGUCGAAGUCAGCACGAGCACGUGACGCAGAGAGUAUCGCUGUUGAAGAAGAUGAUGACUACACCCAGACAAAUUACGAUACAGUAAAAUCGUUGCCGGCCACUGGACACUAUGGACGUAGCCGAGUGGGGCAUCAUCUGCAUGUGGACGUUGAAGGUCAUCUGGCCCUUGUUCAGCCCGCUGGGGCUGCCAUGCCACCAGUGAUUAUUCUUAAGCUGCCGAGAAGACGUCAAAGCGCUCAACCAAGUCGUAUAUCACCAAUAGCGCGUCCACCGCUAUACGAUCCGACGGCUAUGUUCAACUCGUUCGACUCGAUGACCAUCGGUUCCGCUGCAGCGGACAUAAAUGCCGUAUUUUUUGAUUGUCAAGAUGCGGUUUAUUCGUUAUUCAUGAAAGCACAUAAGUGUUACGAUCUAAUACCAACGUCUACGAAAUUGGUUGUGUUCGAUACGCAGUUGCCGGUAAGAAAAGCGUUCUUCGCUCUCGUAUAUAAUGGAGUUCGUGCCGCACCUCUUUGGGACAGUGAAAAGCAGCGUUUUAUUGGAAUGUUAACUAUCACAGAUUUUAUUAAGAUCUUGAUCAAGCAUUAUGAAUCGGGCAAUAAUGAUGAGAAAAUGCGUGCUUUGGAGGAAGAACAGAUUAGUCACUGGCGCGAACAGUUCGAAGCUGACGGCAUACCGCCGCUGGUGACGAUUGACCCAAACGAAAGCCUAUACCGAGCCGUACAAGUGCUUUGUGAGUCGAAAGUACAUCGACUGCCGGUGAUGGACAAAAACACAGGGAAUAUCAGUUAUAUAAUUACGCACAAAAGGCUUAUCAAAUUCCUAUCCUUAUAUCUUCACGAUUUACCACGACCGGAGUUCAUGGAUAGCACACCGAAAGAGUUGGGAAUCGGUUCAUGGGGCGAUAUCGUCACCAUUCAUGUUGACACGCCGCUCCAUGACGCCUUGGAUAUUUUCCUACGCAAUCGGGUCUCGGCGCUGCCUCUAGUGGAUGAAAAAGGACGGGUGGUUGAUAUAUAUGCUAAAUUCGAUGUGAUCAGUUUGGCAGCUGAGAAAUCGUACAAUCGAUUGGAUUGUACUGUACAGGAGGCAUUGAAGAAUCGUUCAGAGUGGUUCGAAGGCGUACAAUGCUGUCGCGAGACGGAUUCGCUCUUUGUUGUGGUGGAGGCCAUAGUUCGAGCCGAAGUGCAUCGAUUAAUAGUGACCGAUGCAGACAAAAAGGUAGUUGGAAUCAUAUCCUUAUCCGAUAUUCUCAAAUUCCUUGUAUUGGAUGGUGCUGAACUGAACGGUGGAAUGUCAGCACAGCAAUCGCCACACGUUUCUAUUGAUGAUAGCCCACCAAUAGAGGGAAUUCCGGAAGGUGUAGAAGACUAG